AUGAAAGUAAUUUUGAAAAAGAGGAACGGGAAGUUUAUAGACUGCUUUGACAUAAGUCCGUCAACCACCAUUGACCAGUUUAAGGAAAUAUACUACAAGAAGUAUCAUUACUACCCCGAGAGGCAGAAGUGGAAUUUAGACAGCGCCGCGGGGAAGACUCUAAAAAGUGGGACGUUCAACGAGAAUGGAAUAAAAGACAGUGACAUUCUAAUAUUUAAGGAUCUCGGCGUUCAAAUAUCAUGGCGACUAGUUUACGUGAUAGAAUACCUGGGACCUAUUUUUAUCUUUCCCUUUUUUUACUUCUGUGACAAAUAUAUCUACCCCCAGGCGAACAAAAAUAAGCACAUCAUUCAAAUCCUAUCCCUGUGGUUUCUGCUGUUCCACUUUUUAAAGCGAGAAUUCGAAUCUAUGUUUGUACAUCGAUUUAGCAAUGCCACGAUGCCUAUAAGGAGGGUUCCCAUAAAUUGCGGUCACUACUGGGUAUUAUGUGGCGUAAAUAUUGGCUAUUAUCUGUUUCAUCCCCUUUACAAACCAUACAAUUUAGAAACAAAACCAGUCAUCGUUUAUUCUUUUUUUUGUGUCUUAUUAAUUCUGGAAUUUCUAAAUUUAAAGUGCCAUCUGAUAUUGAGAAAUUUAAGACCAAGAGGCACCAAAAACAGAGGGAUACCCCACGGAUAUGGCUUUAACUACAUUUCGUGCGCAAAUUAUUUUUACGAAUCGUUAAUAUGGAUUAUAUUCGCCCUCAUAAUAAAUACGUUAACAGGCUACCUCUUCAGCAUAGUCGCCACGACGCAGAUGGCCAUUUGGGCACUGAAGAAGCACAACAAUUAUAAGAGAGAGUUCCCCAACUAUCCCAAAAAUAGGAAAGCCAUAUUCCCCUUCAUCUUGUGAACAUGGAGCCAUGUGUACAGCCCCCCUCACCACACGAACUGUCAUUUUAUUGUCACGUUAUUGUCAUUUUAUUGCCAUUUUAUUGUCAUUUAGUUGCCAUUUUAUUGUCAUUUAGUUUCCAUUUAGUUGCCAUUUAGUUGCCAUUUAGUUGCCAUUUAGUUUCCAUUUAGUUGCCAUUUAGUUGCCAUUUAGUUGCCAUUUAGUUGCCAUUUAGUUGCCAUUUUAUUGCCAUUUUAUUGCCUUUUUUUUCACUUUUUUUUUUAAUAAAAUUCAUUCAACGAAAAAUGCAUUAACGUUAAUGGAUUUGCAAAUUGCAAACUUGAGUUGAGGAAAACACAAAAAGAGGUCACGGAAAAGGGAGCGGUCAACAUGUUUACAAGCACGUUUCGCCAUUCCCACCACAGUGAACGUAUAUGCACAUACAAAUGUAUAUAUAUACAUGUAUUAUACAUAUGUAUAUGCACCAUGCAGCUGUCUAUACAUGCCUAAACUGUGUCCCCCUGUUUUUUUUUUUUAAUCUUUAAAUUUUUUUUAAAUUAG